UAAAAGCCACAGUCUACGCCAGGAAUGAUCGUAGUUUAUUCUUAAAAUCUCUCAGUGGAUUAUCUCCUCGACCAGUGAUUGUGAUUUUUAAGUGAAUUCUGUGUAGCAAUGACUACGUACACGGACAAGGGCCCAAAGCCAGAUGGAGGAAGAUUUCUCUGCUUCGACCAUGUGACCUUUUGGGUGGGAAAUGCAAAGCAGGCAGCUAGUUUCUACAUUACACGCUUCGGCUUUGAACCCCUAGGCUAUGCGGGCCUAGAAACUAACUCCCGGAAAGUUGUGAAGCACGCUGUGAAGCAGAAUAAAAUAGUUUUUGUGUUUGUUUCCGCGUACGAGCCCGGCAACACGGAGAUUGGGGAUCACCUCGUGAAGCACGGCGAUGGCACGAAGGAUAUUGCCUUUGAGGUGGAUGAUCUUGGGGUGAUCAUCAAGAGAGCCAAGCAGCGAGGGGCGAAGCUCGUGCGUGACAUCUGGGAGGAGGAGGAUGAAUUCGGGAAGGUUCGUUUUGCCGUUGUGCAAACCUUCGGGGACACAACGCACACCUUUGUGGAGCGCGGGAAGUACCGCGGGAUCUUCCUGCCGGGCUUCAAGCCACCCCUUGAGGGCCCAGAUCCCCUUGUUAAGCUCCUCCCACCGGUGGGACUGAACUUCAUCGAUCACACCGUUGGCAAUCAACCUGACUUGCAGAUGGAGAGUGUUGCUGCGUGGUACGAGAAGACCCUCAUGUUCCAUCGCUUCUGGUCCGUGGAUGAUUCACAAAUUCACACGGAGUACUCAGCACUGCGCUCAAUUGUCAUGACAAACUACGAGGAAACCGUGAAGAUUCCCAUCAAUGAACCCGCAAAUGGAAAGAAGAAAUCCCAAAUUCAGGAAUAUGUGGAAUACUACGGAGGUGCUGGAAUUCAGCACAUUGCCCUCAACACCGAUGACAUUAUCACGGCUAUAAGGAAUUUGCGUGCACGUGGGUUGAACUUCCUCACCAUUCCGGACUCUUAUUACGACAUCCUAAGGCAACGUCUCAAGGAGAGUAAAGUGCAAAUUAAGGAGGAUCUCAAAGUUCUGCAGGAAUUGCAGAUUCUCAUUGAUUACGACGACAAUGGGUACCUGCUGCAGAUUUUCAGCAAGAACGUCCAAGAUCGCCCAACUGUCUUCAUUGAGGUCAUCCAGAGACACAAUCACAAUGGCUUCGGUGCUGGGAACUUUAAAUCCCUUUUCGAAGCAAUUGAAUUGGAUCAGGGAAAACGGGGCAAUUUGUAAGGCACAUAAGGAAAAUGGCAAAAUAAAGUUAAAGAAAAAUAACCCAAAA